ACGACACUGUAUACAUGCCAGAUGAGGAGUUGCUGAAAGAAUACGUUCUCAAUGAAACAGGCAAAAUCUACACUGGCAAUAAAACAAGUAUCCGGGAAAAACCAUGGAACUUUGGCCAGUUUGAGUCAUGUGUUUUGGAUGUGGCCCUGUUUAUUCUGGAUAUGACUGAUAUGAGCUGGGUUGUUCGAGGGAAUCCAAUCCCGGUCAUCAGAAAGGUUUCAGCCACCGUGAAUGCUCCAGAUGAUGGCGGUAUUGUGGCUGGGAACUGGUCUGGUGACUACACUGGAGGCACAUCCCCUCUUUCCUGGACUGGGUCAGUUCCUAUUCUGGAGGAGUUCUGGGCCAGCAAGACUCCUGUACGCUUUGGCCAGUGCUGGGUCUUCUGUGGGGUCUGCACUACGAUCAGCCGAGCGCUAGGCAUCCCUGCUCGCUGUAUAACAAACUUUGAAUCUGCCCAUGACACUGACGGCUCCAUCACAAUUGAUGUGCACUUCCAGGCAAAUGGAGAGUUGGAUGAUCUUUCCAAUGAUGACUCUGUCUGGAACUUCCACUGCUGGAACGAGGCAUGGAUGUCCAGACCUGACCUCCCUGCAGGCUAUGGAGGCUGGCAGGCCUUUGAUUCCACACCGCAAGAGACGUCUGAUG